GAAAACACAAACACACCUUCAGUGCAGCUCUGCAGCCCAGUACAUGCUUCCGUGCCUGGAGAACACAAACACACCUUCAAUCCGUACAGAAAUAAUGAGCUGCUUGGAGCUAAUCAGAAAAGUCAAGAAAUAAUCUUCAGGAUGCCUGAUGAAAUGUCAUUUGGGAAAAACCAUGCCUCUGAUGUCCCUGAGAACAAUCUCAAGUGUGAGGAAAAUUUUAGUCAGCAUGACAAGAUACACGUUUGCCAGCAGUCUUUUGAACACAAUGGGAAACAGAUAUUCCUUAUGUGUGAGAAAGUUUAUAUGGAAGACCCAUGUAGUAAGCAGCCUGUCAAUGUGGGAGAAACAAUUGAAGUUGAAGAGAAAGUGUUCCAUAACAAUCCUUACUUUGGCACACAGCAGCAAACACAAUCAGGAGAGAAUCUCCACAAUCAUUUCAAGAGUGAGAAAUCUCUUGUUUAUGAAACAGAUCUCCAAAUAAGUCAGACAACCCAAACAGAAAAAGGUCAUUAUAUAUGUGUCUACUGUAAAAAAUAUUUUAGCUAUAAAUUUUGCCUUACAACUAAUCAGAGAACUGACACAGAAGAAAAUUUUUAUGUGUGCAAUGAAUGUAAAGAGAACAUUUACCAGAAAUCAGAACUCAUGAGAGAUCAGAUCCUUCACACAGGAGAGAAGGCAUAUGAAUAUAAUGAGCUUGGAAAGGCCUUUUACCAGCAGUUAUCUCUCAUUAGACAUCAGAGAAUUCACACUGGGGAAAAACCUUACAAAUGUAGUGAAUGUGGAAAAGAUUUUUCUCACAAGUCAUCCCUAAUCAGACAUCAGAGAAUCCACACAGGGGAAAAACCUUAUGAAUGUAGUGAUUGUGGAAAAGGUUUUUCUCAAAAGACAUCCCUAAUCAGACAUCAGAGUAUGCACACUGGGGAAAAAUCUUAUGAAUGUACCCAGUGUGAAACAUCUUUUAGCAAAUACACAGAUUUCGUUGCACAUAAAAGAAUCCACACUGGGGAUAAACCUUAUGAAUGUAGUGACUGUGGAAAAGCUUUUUCUCGGAAGUCAUACCUAAUCAUACAUCAGAGAAUUCACACUGGGGAAAGACCUUAUGCAUGUAGUGAGUGUGGAAAAGCUUUUUGCCGGAAAUCAUACCUAAGCUUACAUCAGAGAAUCCACACAGGGGAAAAGCCUUAUGGUUGCAGCCAGUGUGUAAAAGCCUUCACCAACCAGUCAGAUCUCAUUAGACAUCAUAGAAUCCACACAGGGGAAAAACCAUAUGAAUGUAAUGAGUGUGGAAAAGCCUUUUAUAUGCAGUCACAUCUCAUUAGGCAUCAGAGAAUCCACACAGGGGAAAAACCUUAUGAAUGUAGCCAGUGUGGAAAAUCGUUCAGCAACCACUCAGAUCUCAUUGCACAUCUUAGAAUCCACACAGGGGAAAAGCCUUAUGAAUGUGGUGAGUGUGGAAAAGCCUUUUAUAUGCAGUCGGAUCUCAUUAGACAUCAGAGAAUCCACACAGGGGAGAAACCUUAUGAAUGUAGCGAAUGUGGAAUAGCUUUUUCCAGAAAAUCGUACCUCAUUAGACAUCAGAAAAUCCACACAGGGGAAAAGCCUUAUGAGUGUAGUGAAUGUGGAAAAGCUUUUUCUCAGACAUCAUACCUAAUCAUGCAUCAGAGAAUGCACACAGGAGAAAAACCUUAUGAAUGUGGUGAGUGUGGAAAAUCUUUUUCCCGGAAAUCAUAUCUAAGCUUACAUCAGAGAAUCCACACAGGGGACAAACCUUAUGAGUGUAGUGAUUGUGGAAAAGCUUUUCGUCUGAAGUCAUUCCUAAUCAAACAUCGGAGAAUCCACACGGGGGAAAGACCUUAUCAGUGUAGCAAGUGUGAAAAAGCCUUUUACAUUAAGUCACACCUCGUGAGACAUCAGAGAAUCCAUACAGGACAGGAACAUGAAUGCAGUGAGUGUGGAAAAGCCAGUAACACUAGUCAGGUCUCAUUUUACAUCAGCAAAUUAACAGAUGAAACCUAAUGAAUGAGUGUGAAAAUGAACAGUGUUAAUUUUCCAACAAGUGUGGAAAAAUUCUUACACAAACACUUCGAAUGCAGUAGAAAGCAUAAAAACUUCAACAGUUUGCAUACGCACAGAAAGGGAUAAAAUAUUACUGCAUUGAAUGAAAAGUCGAUUUUCUGAAGUCAAUUCUGUUGGACCACGGAGCUUAGAAAUACAAAAGUAUAUAAACAGAAAAAGUACCUACCAUAAACCUUUGUUGUGGUCUAUCAGAGUUUACAAAGUGAAUGAAAGAAGCAUUAGCCAGAAUGCUAAUAGACAACACUGUAAAAGUGCAAUGGGUUUGGAGAAACAUUUUGAAAGUCUCAGCGAGUGUUAAAUAAUAAACGUGAGGAGUGUCUCUAUUUCAGAACAUAGGCUAUGUACUGCUAAAAUAAUUAAGAUGCAAUUUGUAUGUGAUCUCCCUUUGUUGAGAGGGGAAAUUGUAAAUAAUUUUUCAUGUUUUGAAUGUUGAUAAUAAAUAUUCAGGCAUAA